CCAGCCCAGCCCAGCCUGGCACCCUCCGGGCCUCCCCCGGCCAAGCCGUCGCAGGCCCAUUUUCCCCCACCCCAGCCGUCCUUGUCCCAGCCGGAGGCCACUCAGAGUGCUGCCAAAGAGACCGGUGGCGCCGAGCAGCCGGACCCCUCCACCAUGACCCCCCAGGAACAGCAGCAAUACUGGUACCAGCAGCACCUGCUUAGCCUGCAGCAAAGAGCAAAAGCCCAUGCUCAGGGACAGCAGCAAAUGAAAGGUCCAGUAGCAAAGGAUGCAUCUGAGCAGAGAACAAAGUCUGAAGAAGGAAAUAUGAGUGCUUCAGCUCAGCAGUCUGAACCUCCUCUGCUUAAUGAAUCCCUGCCUCCAGCUUCCAAAGAAGACGAGUCUUCUCUUACGUCCACUGAAACCCAACUCAAUAUUGAACCUCCUGAUGACCCUGAGGAAGAUUUGAGAUUGCAGCAAUUGCAAGCAGCAGCAGCUCAAUGGCAGCAGCAUCCCCAUCACCGGGUUGGAUUUCAAUAUCAGAGAAUAAUGCAGAAGCAUGCCCAGCUGCAGCAGAUAGUACAGCAAUACCAACAGAUCAUGCAACAGCCUCCAAACUUACAGACAAUGUCAGUGGACAUGCAGCUGCGACAUUAUGAGGCACAGCAAAAACAGUUCCAGCAGCUUCAUAAGGAUUGGGAGCGAUCAAUGAACCAACAGUGGCAGCAUCAGCUUCAAACCUACCCUCACAAAGACCAGCUUCAAGAGUACGAGAAACAGUGGAAAGCGUGGGAUGAACAGAUGAAGGUCACUCAGUCCCAUCUGCAGGAGAAAGUGAGCUCACUCCAAAAUCUGAAGAAUCAAUAUCCUGCAAAUGUCUCGCUGCCACCACCAUUUGUUCCAUAUUCUCAAACCACUCAAGGGGGCAUUCCUAUUGUGCCUCCAGCUCUACCUUCAACUACACCUCCGCUAGUUCCCCCACCUCUCUCCUCUGUUUCUCAGUUAUCUAAUUCCUCUGUCCCUUCAGGAUCCAGUUCUCAAAGCAGUCAAUCUACUGAGACACCAAGGCCAGCUCUGCUUCCCACCCCUGGCACCUAUGCAUCAAAAAUAGCUAGUUCAACUAUCUAUUCACCUUAUCAUUCUCAAGUAAGUUCAUCCUUUGGCUCUUCAGACCAUGGAAAGUCUGAAGUUCAUCUUAGUAAACAAACUGUCUCUACUUCAUCUGAACAAGGAUGUGGGGAACUGAAAGCCACUUCUGCAGUGUCUUCAACACAUGCAUCUACCAUGCAGGAUAAACCAGUGAGGUCGGGUGGAUUGCUUCCAGAUCCUCCCAGAUCAGCACGUUUUGAAGGUCCCAGAGGCCCUAGAUUUGAUGGACCUCGAGGAAGAGGAUAUGACAAAUUUGAAGGCCCAAGACAGAGAGGACCUCGUUUCGACUCCCAGCGCUCAGAAGGAUACAGGUCACGUUUUGACCGACAGAAUGCAGAUGGGCAGUCUUCAAGUAGAUGGGGGACUAUCCCACGAGGACCAGCAGGACAAUUUUAUACUUCGACAAAUGCAUCACAUGGACAUGGUUCCCGACCUAGUGGUCCACGGUGGAGGGGGCCCAGGCCUCAUUUGGGACAGCAGCAGCAACAGUCACAGACAGACUCACAGUCAGAAAGCAAAGAACCUUUUACAGACGUGACUGGCAAUCAGCAGACUGUAAGCAGAACACAGUCUACUCCCGAUGCACAGGAUGCAGGUGUUGUUGAGCCAAAUGAGGACCUGACAAACACACAAGAGGAACUAUCCAAACCUGAAGUCAAAGAAACUGUUUCAGACCCUCCUAAAAAGUGGACAUGGAGUUCGCAUGAUCCUAACGAGCAAGUAGAAGAGUCCAAAGCACCUACUCCACCUGUUCAGAGCCAGAAAUCAACAUCCCUUUCUAGCAACCCUGUAGCUUUGCAGUCAGGUAGUACAAGGACAGGCGGUGCAGUAACCCCUGUAACAGGAGAUCAGGAGCUGGAUUCCCCAGAUGACCAAGGCAGAGGGCAGGCUAGGCAGGCAUCCAUCCGUGGCCGGGGGAUGUUCAGGAGAGCGGGCAGCAGGGAGAGAAUGCCAGAUAGGCGGUCAGGCAGCAGGGAGAGGAUGCCCGAUGGUCGGUCUGGCAGCCGAGAGAGGGGACUGGGUGGACGGUCAGAUGGCCAUGAGAGGGUAUUCUCUAGCCGAGACAGAGAGCUAGCUGGGCGGACAGGCAGCCGGGACAGGGGACGGGCGGGGAGCCGUAGCCGGGAGAGGGUCCCUGUCAGGCAGGCGGGUAGCCGCGAGAGGGGCCCGGUCAGGCAGGCGGGUAGCCGGGAGAGGGGUCCCAUCAGGAGGGGAGGUAGCCGGGAGAGGGAAGCAGGAAGAUCUGAAACAGGCAAUAUAGAUAAACCCAUUCACCUAGGAGAUGACCCUGACAAAUUGCCUCCAUACCAUCGAGAUGAGACAUUCAGGGAUUCUUGGGGUCAUGAGGAUGACAGAAUGCAGGAGGAAUUUCCUUUAGAUAGUCAAGAAGACCCUUCUUUGGAGCAUGAGCGAUUGGAUGACUGGGAAAGAGAACGAUACUGGAGAGAUCACAACUCUGAUUAUCAGGAUGAUUCUGUAGAUGUCUAUGACAGAGAUGACAGGUUGCAAUCCCACCAUUCAUUGCCUCCAUUAUCUCCCCUACCACCACUACCUCCUUUAUCAUCUGAUCAUGACAGACGAGAUUCCUGGUGGGAUGACUGGAAAAGGCCAAGAGAGAGGGAACUAGAGAGAGAUCUAGAUAGAACUGGAAGAUCCUCAGAUAUUUAUGAUCAAGAUUUAGACAGAGAAUGGGAUAGAGACUGGAACAUGAGACCUGUGGAUGACAGAGAAAUGGGGAAUCGUGACCUGGAUAUUCCCCCUCUACCACCAUUACCACCUCUUCCACCUCUGGACAGAUACCGUGAAGAUAGGUGGAGGGAGGAUAGGAACAGAGAUCAUUAUGACAGAGACCUCCGAGACAGGGGAGAGCUGAGGAUUCGAGAGUAUCCAGAAAGAUAUGACACAUGGCGGGAGAAGCAAGACUACCUUCCUGAAAGGACUGAUUGGGAGAGGGAACGGUUGUCGGAUAGGUGGUAUCCAGAUGAUGGAGACAGGCUGCGGUCUUUGGAUGAUCGUACAGAUUCAUCGCUUCCCCCACCUUCACAUUCCUCUGAUAUGCUGGGAGCAGAUUCAAACCUGGAUUCUGAUCAGUCCUUGGGAGGAGUGAUGGUCCUUAGCCAAAGACAGCAUGAGAUAAUUCUGAAGGCUGCCCAGGAGCUCAAAAUGCUUCG